GACUUUACGAGCCCCAGCAGGUUAACAAACUCCCUGAGUCCACAACCCCACCAAGACAACCCAACAAUCAAGAUACCCCAGCGUCACCGCAUAAUGCCUCCCUCAAUCCCUCAGGCCUCGAACCUGGCCGACCUUUUCAGUCUGAAAGGCAAAGUUAUCGUUGUGACAGGCGCUUCCAAUCCCCGAGGCAUCGGGAUGGAAGCCGCGCGAGGCUGCGCCGAAAUGGGCGCCCACGUUGCCAUCACGUACCACACGCGAAAGGAAUCCGCCGAAGCAAACGCCCAAGAACUGUCGCGCGCCCAUAACAUCCAAGCCCGCGCGUACCACUGCGACAUCCGUGACUAUGCCGCUGCCGAAGCCUUGGUGGAGACCAUCAUCCGGGACUUUGGCCAGAUUGACGGGUUCAUCGCCAACGCGGGCAAAGCAGCCGACGCCGGGGUGCUGGAGGGGAGUGUUCAAGAUUGGAUGGAUAUCAUCCAGACAGACUUGAACGGGACCUUUCACUGCGCCCGGGCGGUGGGCAAGCACUUCAAACAACGGGGCGCCGGGUCGUUCGUGGUGACCUCGUCCAUGUCCGGCCAUAUCGCCAACUUCCCGCAGGAGCAGACUUCGUACAACGUGGCCAAGGCCGGGUGUGUGCAUUUCGCGAAAUCGCUCGCCAACGAGUGGCGGGGGUUCGCACGGGUGAAUUCAGUGUCACCAGGGUACAUUGAUACGGGGCUUUCGGACUUCAUUCCCAAGGAGACCAAGGAGUUGUGGAGGUCGAUGAUCCCGCUGGGGAGAGAGGGCAUGGCCAAAGAGCUUAAGGGGCUUUAUGUGUAUCUGGUGAGCGAUGCAAGCUCGUACACCACGGGUGCCGACAUCAUUGUUGAUGGUGGCUAUACCGCUCGAUAGCGGCGUUCCGUAGGUAGUUUUGAAUAUAUCUUCCAGGUUUACCUAUCUUGUCUCUUUGUGGCAGGGUGAAUAGUUGUGCCCUACGGUCAAGUUACCUCUCGUCAGUAUUUCGGAUUGGUGGUGUAUAAGGGAUCCGCCAUUCUUCAGACAAUGCCUGGACACGAUAGCAGGUAAACACUCCAAGAUUGUCAUCAAUGCUAAGAAGGAUAGCC